AGCGAAAAAUUUAGCAGACCUCGCCCUGUGUUGGAUCUCUAUCCCGUGUACUAGCAGGGCAUAUGCCCAAUCAUGUCCGAACGUCUACGCGAGCGGCUCGGUUAUUACUCAGAAGAGUUAGAUGGCCAGAUGCGAUCAGCAUCACCGGCCGGAUCACGUUCGCCACGACGUUCUAGCCGUUCACCAAGACCGCCAAAUGGAGAACCAGCGAUUGCGGUAGCGAUACCACUCGUUCGUGAUUCACGGCCUGAUAUCGCAGCUUGGCCUGCUCCACCGCAAAACGUGCCGUUAACUUGUAUCAGCGGAAAUGUACGGACCCCUACAGCAGGACCACCCCGACAAUCCAUCUCACCAGUUCCUGUUUCGCCGACAUCAAACAGUGGCAGUACUCAGGCAGAAAUCGAAGAUUCUACUACUUUACUAACCAUGUUGAAAGUAGCUGCUGCAUCUAAUGCCAAUGGUAGGAUUACGGACAAUGAACCACGAAAAGGGGUCCCUCGCGGCCGGGAAACUGAGUUGAAGCGAAAAAUCCAGACGCUUGAAGAAACAGUAGCCGAAUAUGAACGGCAGAAGUACAAUGUAAUGGGAACCUUUAGCGAGUAUAGAGAACGUGUGGCAGAACGUGAGCGCAAACUGGAAGCAGAAUAUUCGAGCAAAAUCAUAGCACUUUCUGAAGAAGUGCUAGGAGCGAAAAAGGACUUUGAAGCACGAAUGAAGAGUUUUCAGGCGCUCCAGGAUAAGUUUGAGCGUGAGAAGGAGCAAGCUCUAGAGAAACUCCGCCAAGAACACCAAAAGGAGAUUCAGCUUUUGGAGCAACGCUUCUCGGAGUCACAGCUACUCAAUUUGGAGCAAAAGUAUAUGAUUGAAAUUCAAAGACUAGAAGAAGAACGAAAAUCGCUACGAUCGGAAAAAGAGCGUUUAGGAGAAACAUUCGAGAUGAAAUUACGACGCGCGCAGUCACUUUAUGAGACAGAACUUACAGCGGCUAAAAUGCUCUAUACAAAAGAGCUGGAAGCUCUCAGAGAUCAUGAAGAGGCAUUGAAGGAGGAAUUACUGGCAAGGCAGGAUGAGUUCCACGACCGUCUUCAAGAGCUACAGCAUCAAGCGCGCAGGAGCCGUGAUGAGUUGGCCAGCUGCAAAAAUGAAGUGACUGCACUGGAAAAGAAGCUUCAGUCAAAGGAAGCGGAGGUUCAGGCUAUCAGCAAAGAGCUUGAGGACGCAAGAGCUGAAACAAACGAUGCGCUCAGGCGCCUGUCUCAAUCAACCAGUGAGUAUAAUGAACAUAGGGCUAAGCUCCAACAACAAGAAGAGGAAUUAAGGAAAAAAUCUAAACUGCUAAAUGUGGUCGAAGCAGCAAAGACCAAGCUUGAAGGUGUCAUUCGUGACCUUCAAACCGAAGUGCGAGCACUAAAAAACAAGGUUGAAUUUCUGGAAAAAGAGCGCGAAAAUCUUCAAAGCCAGAGCGAAAGCCAAACCAAGCUGCAGAACUCGCAAGUGAAUGCCCUCGAAGCUGUUUUGGAAAGUGUUACAAAGGAAAAAGAAGCCACCAAAGAACACUACGAAAGCUUACUGGCGAAGGAGAGACAGCAGGCUGAAGCACGUGAGCAUGCUAUGAAGAAAGAGUUUAGCAGCAAGCUCAAUGAACUUGAGGAGCAGUACACCAGUCUUAAAGAGGACCUGGAGCAUUCGGCUAGGCUGGACAGGGACGAGCUAAGAGAGGCUACUCAGCAUGAGAUACAGACUCUCAAAACGGAAAAAUCCUUGCUUGAGGCAGAGGUUACAGCGUUGAAGCAGAAAUUUUUGGAUGAAGGAGAGUCCGAGGAUCAGAUCACGGAACAGCUCAGCGUCAUAGUCAACGAAACAGCAGGACUUACGAGGACGCUCGAAGAGUAUCGUUUGAGAAUUAACAGUAAAGAUGAGGAAAUAGCUGCACUGCGUCGCCGUGUCGAUCAGGAACAAAGCCUUUCGGAAGAACAAAUCCGAGUCAUCAAGGACGACCUAAGGAGCGAAAUGUUGUCCUCAGACGAGUAUCAGAAUAAUCUUAUGGAAAUUGAACGGUUGCAUUCCGAGAUCGCAACAUAUGAACGAAAGCGAGAGAAGGAAGAAGAGGCCGAAAAAGAACGAGAGAAAGUUGUCAAAAGACUGGAAGCAGAAAAUAGGGAGCUAAAGUCAAAAGUAUCCAAAUUUGAACAGAGCGAUCAGCAUGCAGAGCUGCAAUCGCUAAAGUCCUCACUUGCCGAAAAAGAAGAAGAGCUGUACAGCGCGAAAGAAGAUGCGGCAAAACUCAAAGCUGAAAACGACGAACUUCACAAGGAAAAAGAAAGGACAAGAAAUUCAGAUGAAAUGCUGAGAGAAGAAAUGGCUGCACUUGAAAGUGACAACAACGAAAAAACCAUUCAAAUUGAAGCACUACAUGUACGGGUAAAAGAGCUUCUUGAUCAGAUGGGUGGCAUAAAAGAGGAGUUGGAUAGGAAAAACGUUGAGUUGCAGCAGAUCGGAGACCGAUCCGAGAUAAGGUUCGAAAAUCCAAUUGCGGAAGCCGAGGAAAAAAUGAAACAUAUGACUAAAGAGCAUGAAAAAAUUAUCAAUCAGAUGAAGCAAAGAGAACAGGAGAUUGCACAACAAAUGCAGCAACUACAAGAAGAAGUUCUAGGCAAGCAAAGUACGUUGCAGGAAUCGAGAGUCUUGCUAGAGUCUCUAAAGGAAGAGUCUCUCAAAAAAGACGAAGCAUUGAACCUGAUGGAGCUCAAAAUUAAUGAGCAAGAGAGUUUGCUAAGUGACCGAGAACAACAACUGGAAGAACAGCAGGUAGUGAUCAACGCUCUGCAGGAAAAGCUGAAGGCUAGUACGAGUCAGCAAGAAGAACAGAUGCAAUCACCUGAGAUAGCUACUAGUGCUGUUGCUGACACCGAAGAGGAGGAAGAUGUGGAAGAAGAAGACGACGACGACAGAACAGAAACUUCCUGCAUGGAAAUACAAACAGAUCCUGUAAAGGCGCCAUCCCCUGUACAGAUCGUGGACUUGGCCAGGGAAAAAGAGCUGAAGUCAAGAAUAGCCGAAUUAGAACAUGCCUUAGAGAUGAAGAACGAUCUUAUAGAAAAGUUGCAUGAACAGCUACCGGAUAAGUCUGGCGAAGAUAUGUCGAUGAAAAAGAAGGACAGAUCACAAAGCAUCACGGGCGGUGGCGUUUUCCAAAAUUUCGUGAGUCAAAUGAAGGACAAACGUGACGAAGCCAACGAAAGAAGUAAAAAGAAGGAGGUGGAAAGGAAAGCAGAAAAAGCUGCUAAGGAUGCUGCUCGAGAGCUUAUCAAAGAGCGAUCACCAAUGCGUUCGAAGUCACCAUCGCUGCUGACACGUCUUCGCGAUCGCAGUCCUGUAAAGACCCGAUCACCUGUGGAUAAUCUAGAAACAACACCAUCGUCUUCAAGCAGGAACCUCCUGGCCCCAGGGGACUCGGAACGCCUAGAACGUCGAGGUUCACCGUCACGACCACUAUUCAGCCGAUAUCGCAAGGAGCCGGCCGAAAAACGACCGGCAUGGAAAUUUUGAGAUCCCAGAAACAAUAAAUAUACGAAUAAAUCCUAUUGGAUGCAGAAGCGGUACAAUUGCAAAUUGGAAACUCUCGUGUUCCAGUCAUUCGCCUGUACAUAAAAGAGGACUUGUCUGUAUGCGAAAUAUAUGCGUAACAUGCAUAUUCGAUAGUAUUGAUGUAUUUCAAUCUUUCUUUCACAGUGCGGUCAGUCGUCUGCUCUGACGAUAGACAUAUGUGUUACCUCAUAUCACUGCAAUAAAAUUUACUCUUUCCAA